GACCUGCGCCUCGCGGGCGGCCACGGGCACUUCGUGGUCGUCGCCGGCGUGGCCCCCGCGGGGCGCGCGCGCCAGAGCGGCGUGGUGGUCGGGCUUCCGCGUGGUCCGCCUCAACGGCGGACCUGGAGCCCAUGGGAGCUGUGCCGCGCGCCGACCAUGUCGGCCCAGGAGCUGCUGCAAGCGCUGCCCCCGUACGCGCACGGGGGCGGGGUGACCCUAGACCUGAUCAACCCGCAGCCGACGUGCCACGGGGUGCCCACGCUGGGCGACCUGGCCGCCCGGAGGCCGCUGCGGCUGCCGGCGCUGCUGAGCUGAGGGCCGGGCCUCCUCGCCCUCGCCUCGCUCCCCGACCUAACUCUUGCGUGCAGCCGACUCUCCAGCUCGUCGUCUCCCGCGUGGUGCGCAGCGGGGCCACGGCGGCGACGGGGUGGCUUUCCGAGGAGAGGCGGGGGCCCUCCUCGAGGCCCUCCCCGCCUUCUCUGGGAGGCCCCUCCCGGAGUGGCCUCGUGGACCACGUCCGAGCCGUGCGCGCCGCAGGACCCUCGGCACCGCUCGGACGUGCGCACUUUUUCCCAAGCAUCCUGUGGUGCUGGGUCCUCGUUUUGAAGGAACAGCGCCCCGCGUCUCCUCCUCUCCUCCUCCUCCUCAUCCCGCCUGCAGCACAGCACCCGGCCGCCUCCCAAGGCCGCCCCAUCCCGCGCUCUGCAGCUGCCCCCCCCCCCUUGGUGUGCGCGCGCGCGGCCGGGGCGAGGCCGGAGCGCGGGGGACGAA